GCUGUGGAUCACAGCUAGACCCUUUGCAAACGUUAAGGUCGAGGGACGGAUUAGGUUUCUGGUUUCUUUAACUUCCAAAGUAAAACCAAAGAAGCACAGGUGAAGGGGAGAAGAGAGAAGCACAAGAAAGCAAGCUGCCAGUACCAGUAACCCAAAGAGGCGUGAAAUGGAGGAGAAGGUGCAUACAAGUGGAAGGGGGAUUUCUGAAGAGGGAAGUAAGGACAAGAAAGAAGAGACUCCCAUACUACCUGCAGGUGACUUUUUCACCAAUUCCAUAGAGAAGAAAAUUGUGGACAUUAAGCAAGAGGACUGUGAAUGGGAAACUGCCUAUCAUCAGCAGCAGAGGCCCAAUGUUAAGGAGGACGAUUGUGAAUGGGAGAUUAUAGGUAUGAAGAAAGAGACUGACACACAAAACAAUAAAAUUAUGAGCCGUGUCAAGAAAGAAGACCUUAAAUCUGAGCAGGACUCACAGUAUAUCUGUUCAAAUGAAAUGAUGACUGCAUUAGGCUCUACUCCAAAUAGGGACUGCCCUUUACAGGAUCAAUUGACCCAAGUGAAGUCAGAAUAUAAUGGGAUGAAAAAGGAGGACGAUUGUGAAUGGGAGAUUACAGGUAUUAAAAAAGGGACUAACACACAAAACCAUGAAAUUAUUAGCAGUGUCAAGGAAGAAGACCUUAAAUCUGAGCAGGACUCGCAAUACAUCUGUUCAAAUGAAACGAUGACUGGAUUAGGCUCUAUUCCAAAUAGGAACUGCCCCAUACAGAAUCAUUUGAACCAAGUGAAGUCAGAGUUAUUAGAUUCUAAUGGGAUGAAAAAGGAGGAAGCGUCAACUUCUGAACAUUCUGAACAAGAUUUACAACAGAACAGUCAUUUUUCCUCAUAUCUGUCACCUCAGCACAGUCUUUGUCAGAGACCACAACAGACACAGCAAAAUGAAAACCUGAAGAUAUCAACAUCUCAAUCGGACAGUUCUAUACUGUCCUCUUUGCAGUACAGUUCCCAACCUGUGAAACUAAUGAGUUGUGUUGUGAAACUAAUGAGGAUUAAUGAUGGGAACACUCAUCAGCAGGGGAAGAAAACAGAACCUGUGAUGUUGGGGUUCUGCAAAGUAAAUGAAAGAAGUUCUAACAGCAAAUCUAAUGUAAAAAAUCGUCGAAAAGACCAACCGAAGCCACACUGCUGCUCUGAAUGUGGGAAACAAUUCAGCAAUAUGCGCAAUCUUCAGAACCACACAACAAUUCACACUGGAAAAAGUGCAUAUUGUUGUCUAGAAUGUGGUAAACGAUUCUACCGGAAAAGUCAUCUUGUUAGCCACACAAGAAUUCACACUGGUGAGAAGCCAUUUAGUUGUUCUGAAUGUGGCAAACAAUUCUCUCACAGUAGUGCCCUACAGUCACACAAGAGACUUCACACUGGAGAAAAGCCAUAUAGUUGUCCUGAAUGUUGCAAACUAUUUUCUGACAGCAAAGACCUUCUGACCCACAUAAGAGUUCACACUGGAGAGAAACCAUUUUCCUGUCCUGGAUGUGAUAAACGUUUCUCUGACAAGAGCUCCCUUCGUACCCAUAAAAGAAUUCAUACUGGAGAGAAGCCGUUUUGUUGUUCUGAUUGUGGUAAAUUAUUUGCUCAUUGUAGCCAGUUUCGCACACACAUCAGACGUCACACUGGAGUGAAGCCAUUUUGCUGUUCUGAAUGUGGUAAACAAUUCUAUGAAAAGAGAAGUCUUCAAAACCAUGCAAGAACUCACACUGGAGAAAAGCAAUAUAGUUGUCCUGAAUGUAACAAACGAUUCUAUGAAAAAACAGGACUUCGAAGCCAUUCUAGAAUUCACACUAGAGAGAAACCAUUUUGUUGUCCUGAUUGUGGUAAAUUAUUUGCUCAUUGUAGCACUUUCCGCGCACACAUUAGACGUCACACUGGAGAGACGCCAUAUUGCUCUUCUUAACCAUUUUCUUGUCCUGAAUGUGAUAAACGAUUCUCUGACAAGAGGAGCCUUCGUUACCAUGCAAGAAUUCACAUGGAAGAGAAACCAUUUUCCUGUCAUGAAUGAGGCAAACAGUUCUCUCAUAGUAACAGUCUCCAGGCACACAUCUGAAGAUAAAAUAGAUGCAAUGAGAGUUACUGUACAAUAUGUCAAAUGAGCAAGAAAACAAGAGAACUAGUGCCAGUUGUGAUUGGAUCAACAGGAUUAAUUUAAAGAAACUUUCAUGCCCUUCUUGAUACCCCACCAAUUACCAUAACUCCUUUUGAACUGCCAAAGGAAGCAUUAUUGGAAUAAUGCAGGUUCUUCACGUCUAUUGCUGCAAAUUUUAAGGGGGUAAGAAAUAAAGUAAUUCAAAUGAACUGUUAAUUAAAGAAUGAGGUCUACUAACAUCUUAAUUAAAAGCAAACCAAGAAAAUGUUAGAGAAAAUAAUCCUGAGAGAAGCCAUGUUGCUCUUCUGAAUAUGGCAGAGAUUUCUCAGUGGAGCCAUUUUCACAGGAAUACAAUGACUCGUACUGAAUGUGGUAAACAAUUUUACAGAAACUUGAUAGCCACAAAAAAACUUACAAAUGUAAGAAAUGCUGUGGCUGUGGUCAGGUUCAGAAACACCACAUUGCAGAUAAAGCUUUGAUGGAAGACAUUGAAAAGAAGAGAUGGGAGUCUCCAUCUAUUUUUGACAAAAUGUCUUCACUUGGAGGACUCUGUACAAUUAGAAUUUACACCUUUAUGAUGUUUGAUGUAUAUUGAAUAGAAUGGUACCGUUUAAAAUAUUUGAAGUUCCAUCUGCUUUUUAGGUUUAAAUGGCUGAUAAUGCCAGGACCAGUACAACAGGAAUGGUGAAGCGAGUGUUAACUGUGCAACAUUACAGCCAAAGGAACCUCUCUGGUGUGGCAUGAGAGCUAGAUGAUACUCACAUCACUGCAAUGAAAAUGUAAAAUCACCUAAACAUACAGCUGGGAGAAGAUAAAGGCUAGUGUUCAACCAUAGAUAAACUUGAAAUUAUAUUCUGAAUUCCAACCUUGCAGUUAGACCAAGAGGGUUUAUGCAUAAAAUGUGCUAUUUCUUAUACAUAGCGAUUCUGAAUUUAGAGUAAAUGUUGUCACUUUAAGAUUAAAAUCUUACAUUACCAUCACUUAAGAAAAGAAAAGUUUAGGCCAUUCUUGAGAAUAUCUUGGAUAAAGCAGCACAAAGGUAGAGCAGGAAGAAAAACAUUCAAGAAAACCAAAAAAUGAAAGGCACUUGAAUGGUUAUGUAAUUUGUGUGUGUGUGUAACAUAUCUGAGAGCUACAUUUAUUUAUCAACUCCUGCAUCAAAUAUAAAGAUACUUAAAUAUUUCAUGCCGAAGUAAACAAAUAUUGUGGAAGUGCAAGUCACAUGAGACUCUUUAAAACAUUGGAGACUUUAUGACCUCCACUUGCAGAAGUCACAUUAAUUUGGUGGCUCCUCUGUGUCCUUUGCUCUCCUCCUUUCCUUCAGAAUCCUCACACUACAUUACUUGUAUUGCAAAGUAAUUUCUACUCAGCCUGCACUCUGAAUUAUCAAGUGAAUUCUGCAAAUCACCUUUUGAACCUGAUAGUCCAGUGAUAAAGGUACUCUUCUGGAGUCAGAGCAAUCUACAGAAUUCAGCAAAGCAGUGAUUGCAGAUUUCAUAGAAAAUAUAAAGUUAUUUGUAUUUCAACAGCUCACUGCAAUGCAGAACAGCAUUCAGCAAAGUUUUCAAAUGGGACUGGGUGGUAAUGAAAGCUGAGCAGAAAAAAACUUUUUCAACACGUCCGCAGUAUUGUGAAUUCGCUGAACCAAGACGAGGAUCAGAUCUGAUCAGUCAAAUUCAAAGUUUCCUUUUUAACUGCAUAACUCACUCUUGGGUGAAAGAUGGGCACUGCAAUGUGUGCUUCAUUGGAAUAAGGAAAAUUUUGGAAGAUGGAAAUACAGUAGAGUUUUUGAAAAGACUGUGGCACUCUGUUUUCUGCUUUAUCUGGGUUUGCUCUAAUAAUUAAGUGUUUCCACAAGAUUUAUCCCCUGUGCCAGGAUCUAUCUUGCCUGAGGCCAUUGACAUUAAAAUACCUAAAUCAUAACAAUGUUGAAGCUGGAAAAUUCCAAGUCUUUCAUAUGAAGGUCCCCGCUUCUAUCCAUUUGCCAACUGCUCCUCCUCAACUGCAGCGGUUAAGAAGACAAUGCAACCUGCUGUUCGGUGUGCACAAGUGACAUGGCUGUGACUAUUCCUUCUUUGUCCAAUUCAUCUUAAAUUGUCUCACAUUUCAGAAAGCAUCACCUUUGAUGAUCCUAAUUAAGCAUGUAAGGUAUAGCAAUUUUAUAUUUACUGGAACUUUUCUCUUGUGAGCCGCUUCAUGUCAAUCUUGACUGCAUCAUCAACCACAUAUGGAAAGUUUAUGCCAUCAGGCUUCUCAUGCUGACAAACAGUUUAACUUUGAUGAGCUCCUGGUGCCUUAAUACUGUACAGCGUGGUGCUCCUGUUAGGCUUUUGUUUUAACAUUCUCAGUCUCUCUUUUUUUAAGUAGUUUUUAUUUAACAAGUGUGUAAGUGCUUUGUACAUCUUUAUUUCUAUGAUGCAUUGUGCCAUGAAGCAGAAGCACUUGUUGAGAUGCCGUGCUGCCUUAUUGAAUGACUUUUCUGCCAUCUACUGCCUUAUUUCUUUCUCCUUGAUACUUUUGAAGGAAGCGUCUGUUAUUAGUCCUUCAUUGCGCCAAUAUGCAUGUGCAUGUUUUGAUGUUUAUUUUUAAGGGGUGAUAUGGAUUUUGUAAAGGUUUUCAGUUUCCUUUUUUCUUUUCUCUCUUUGGAUGUUUUAUACUAAAUGUAGUUCUGUUUGAGGGGGUCUGGUGGGGGGUUUUGGUGGAUGCCCACUUUCUACCUUGUCUUCUGUAUUUUAGUGGCUUAAUUAUAUGUUUACCAUUCUGGCUUUUGUAAUUUUAAAUGGUUUAUGUUUAAUUCAUUUGUCUCAGUUAAAUACAUGCCAAGACCUUAUUUUCCAUGAUUUAUUUUGUCCUGUGUAUUCCAGGCAGGAUGUGAGAAGACUGCUUGUGUUGAGGCCCUUUUGGAUUUAUUGUAUCUAGAGUUGCAGUGCAAUAUUUUGUUUUUUUCUCUAUCUGGUAUUUUAUCCUUUCACAUUUCUAAGCUCUGCUAUUUCAUUUCUGUUUUCUGAUUUCGCAUUUCACUUUCACAUGCAUUGAAGACAUGUAACUCUCACAUCUUUGAAUGUUCAUGGCUUGGAGUCCAAUACUAAACCAACCAGAAUUUUGGCCUAUUUCUGGGGCUGACAUUGUUAAUUUUGGUUUCCUUCAGCAACAUACCUUUUGGUUAAGCACAUGCCGAUGUACAAUCGCUGCCGAAUUGGUUAGCCUCUUACAAUAUGUCUCCUAGCACACUUUCCAUUUAUUUGAAGGAAAUCUCCUUUUUUAAUGGUAAAUGUUUGAAUUGACUGCGAUAUAUAAUAGUAGUGCAUUCAGGACCUCUAUUUUAAAUUGGUUAUGGACAAGCUCCACAAUGGAUUGCCAUUUCCCUUGCACUCUUUCCUUCCCUAACUGAUAUCAUCAUACCUCCACUCCAGGGCUAUCUUUGUUCAUACAAAGCUGUGUGGAUGGGAUUGUUUGUGGGCUUGUGGUCACCUUGUCAGAUGUAAUUAAGGUCAGAGAACAAUCCCAAGCAUACAAGGCUGGAGAGUAAAAUGCUAGGGAGGCCAUUGUGUAUGUCCUCAUAUCUACUGAGUACACUCCCGCGCGGAUUAAGUCACAUAUGACCGUAAAUUUGUAUGUUUUAAGUAGCCUGCUUUUGCUUGAGAAGUUUCACUUUCAUGGCUUCAGGCAGUUCAAAAUUGAAAAACAGAAUCGUCAGCAACUCCAGAAUUCAAAUUCAGCCUAUCAACCCAUGAAAAUCUACUUAUCCAGCAAUUGUAUAGUUAGCUGUUUUAAGAGAUUUACAUAUACAGCAUAGGCUGUGACAGAGAAGCAAAUAUCCCACAUAUUUAUGUCAUUGUGGCUUUAACAGAAGUUCAAUAAAUAGAUAAAUACAUACACAAACACCCCGAACAACUAAAUAGAACAUUUUUAAAGGAAGAAAACAUCUGACUUUGCAG